AUGUCUCGCCAGUCCUGUGCUCUUGGCAAGGGGUUUAGCUCCAGCUCUGUGUGCUUCGGGGGCAAGAACAAGGUCACGUUUGGCUCCAUGCCCCGUGGAGGAUGCCGGGGAUCUGGGGGCGCCGGCGGCUUCAGCAGCAGGAGCCUCUAUUCCCUGGGGGGCAGUAAAAGCACCUCCCUGGGAGGAUUUGGGGGGGCUGGUGGUGCCUGCAGAGGCUUUGGUGGCCAAGGAGGCUUUGGCUUUGGGGCCGGAGCAGGAUUUGGGGGUGGCUAUGGUGCAGGGUUCUUUGGUGGAGGCCCUGGUGGCUUUGGCGGCUUUGGUGGAGGAUUUGAUGGUGGGAUGGGGGGCCAGGGCUUCCCCCCAUGCCCCCCGGGCGGCAUCAGGGAGGUGACCAUCAACCAGAGCCUGCUGGCCCCCCUCAAUCUGGAGAUUGACCCCGAGAUCCAGAAGGUUCGGACACAGGAGCGGGAGGAGAUCAAGAAACUCAACGACAAAUUCGCCUCCUUCAUCGACAAGGUCCGGUUCCUGGAGCAGCAGAACCGAGUCCUGGAGACCAAGUGGAAGCUGCUGCAGGAACAGGGCGGUACAGGACCGGGAGGCAGGAACCUCGACCCUUUCUUUGAGACCUACAUCAGUGGGCUGAGGAAGCAGUUGGAUUUUCUCUCCAGUGAGAAGCUCCAGCUGGACACAGAGCUGAAGAACUUCCAGGACAUGGUGGAGGACUUCAAGACAAAGUACGAGGAGGAGAUAAACAAAAGGACGGCAGCUGAGAACGAAUUUGUGCUCCUGAAGAAGGAUGUGGAUGGAGCCUACAUGACCAAGGUGGAACUCCAGGGAAAACUGGACUCUCUGUCAGAUGAGAUCAACUUCCUCAAGUGUCUUUACGAGGCAGAGCUGUCCGAGAUGCAGAAGACUGUGUCCGACACCUCGGUGGUGCUGUCCAUGGACAACAACCGGAGCCUGGACCUGGACAGCAUCAUCGCCGAGGUGAAGGCGCAGUACGAGGAGAUUGCCAACCGGAGCCGGCUGGAGGCUGAGACCUGGUACCGCAGCAAGUAUGAGGAGCUGCAGGCCACUGCGGGCAAGCAUGGAGACAGCCUCAAGGACACCAAGAUCGAGAUCUCAGAGCUCAACCGCAUGAUCCAGAGGAUCCGGGCUGAGAUCGAGAGUGUGAAGAAGCAGUGCGAGACCAUUCAGACGUCGAUUGCGGAUGCGGAGCAGCGCGGGGAGGUGGCUCUCAAGGACGCCAGGGACAAACUGGCCGAGCUGGAGACAGCCCUGCAGAAAGCCAAGGCUGACCUGGCCCGGCAGCUCCGGGAAUACCAGGAGCUCAUGAACGUCAAACUGGCCCUGGACGUGGAGAUUGCAACCUACAGGAAGCUGCUGGAGGGCGAGGAGUGCAGAAUGUCUGGAGAGUGCCAGAGCUCCGUCAGCAUCUCUGUGGUGGGCGGCAGCAGCUCCGUGGGAGGUGGAUAUGGCAGCGGAUUGUGCCUUGGAGGAGGAGGAAUUGGCUUUGGAAGUGGGAAAGGCAGCUGCAACACGGGCGGUGCUGGUUUAUGCUUCAGCCUGGGAGGGGGUGGAUUUGGUGCCGGGGGUGGAUUUGGCUCCCUGGGUGGGGGAUCUAACUCAGUGGUGGUGGGGGGAUCUAGCACCAUCCUGAAGAACAGCAGCCCCACCAGCAGGAGGGCAUAG